AUGGCCACAGAAGCCCCUGUGAACCUCGCACCACCUCAACGUAGCACCGUGGUCGGUAUCUCAGUUGACAGCUUCAUCUGUCAGCCCAGCUCUCUCAGGAUGCAUGUCAUCAGGCCCAAGUCUGCCAAGGGCCGGAAGCGGCCAAAUCUGCACAGAACACAAGGCAGGGGCGAUGGCUCUCCCAGUGUACUGUCGGCUUCACCUCCGCCAUGUUCCUCCGGGUCGUCAAGCAGCCAGAAACCAGGGGCCUGUGUACCCGCCUCUCCAUCUCAGGGAACCCCUGAUGAGAUGCCGGAGCUGAUGCCACAGGUGCUUUCCGGGGCUACCUCAUCUCUCAAUAAGUACCCAGUUCUCCCUUCCAUCAACAGAAGGAGCCUGGAGGACGGGGCUGUGGACACGGUGGCUAGAAAAGCCAGUUCUCUCCAGCUGAGUAACGUCCAGGCCCUUUACCAGGAGGAGACCCACACCACUGUAAAGUCAAGCCAAGAAGAUUCCAGAAACCAAGUCUGUGCCUUAGAGAAGAAAUUCAUCAUCCGCACCAAGAGACAGAGUUCCUCUAGGGCCUCAAACAUGGAGGAGCCAACAGACCAAGAGCCGAGGCUGCUGCUGGCUAUCAGGUCACCCUCAGGCCAAAGGUUCGUGCGCUACUUCAGGCCCAGUGAUGACCUACAGACUGUCCUUGCGGUGGCUGAGCAGAAAAACAAAGCCACCUACCAACACUGUAGCAUCGAAACGAUGGAUGUGCCCAGAAGACGUUUCUCUGACCUCACCAAGUCCCUGCAGGAAUGUGGUAUCCUCCAUAAAUCUGUGCUGGGCAUCUCCCAGGAGGAGGGGGAGGGGUGA